AUGGCUCCCAAAGGGCUUCGGCAGCACCCGUAUCGCGCCAUCUCCAAUGUCGAGACCUCCGUUGGCACUCAAACAUGCUCCUGGUAUGCGGGACGUGGAGGUCAACCUGCAGGCACUGACCCACCUCCGGACAGACCGGUCCUGAUCAUCGUUGACAUCUCACAGUUGUACACCGAAGAAGUGUGCCGAAGAGGAAGAUGCCAAAGUGGUAGUAGCCGGGUAGUAACAGACUCCGGUGGAUUCAAAGGUGCCGCCGAAGAAGAUGCAUCUGGUGAUCGAGCAGUGCCUUGUGAGGAUCGAGGCAAUCCGUUCGCUGAUUACUAUCCACCGGACAUGGAAACUGCUUUUACACAGACGCCUCAGCCGGCCAUCGCCGCCCUUGCAACCCAACUACAUGAUCGGCUUUUCUCGCCUCCGGUCUCUGGAAUGGGAUCUGGUCCCUUGGACGUCGCUAGCGAAAUCUUGGACAACCUGACCCCGGAUCAACUGAAUGCCUUUACCGAAGCUCUGCGCAUCUGGUCAUCUUCUCGUACUGAGGAGCUCUGGGAUGUUGAUUGA